GAUACCUCCCCCCCCUCCACUUCUUCUCCAACAAUACCUAACGAAUCGAACAAGCCAACUUCAGAUACACAAAAUAAAAAGGUUCACCCGGUAUCCGUCAAUACACUAGGGCCUAUACACGCACCUGCUGACCAUCUACCCAACGGCGUGGAGAUUUCCCUCAUUCUGGGAAAAUUUGUGACCAUGGCAAUUGUCGUGCUCGGAAGUCAAUUCGGUGACGAGGGGAAAGGCAAACUUGUCGAUAUCCUCUGUUCAAGUGUCGACGUCUGCGCGAGGAGCGCGGGUGGGAAUAACGCUGGUCAUACCAUCGUGGUCAAUGGAGUCACCUACGAUUUCCAUAUUCUACCCUCAGGUCAAUUCUCUUAUCCUCACCUCUUUCUUUUUUUUUUUUGCUUUUUCUUCUUCCAUAUAAUUAUGCAGUUCUCUUCUUGGCUUUCAAGAAGUGCCAUACUCUGGGCUUGAAUUAGCUGACAAGCUGCCCUCUAAUAUUCUGUCGGAGCUUCAGGCCUCGUCAACCCAAAAUGUCUCAACAUUAUUGGGUCAGGCGUUGUCGUUCAUGUUCCCUCCUUCUUCCAUGAAUUGGAGAAUAUUCAGAAGAAAGGCCUUGACACUACUAACAGGAUCUUCGUCUCCGACCGUGCUCACCUCGUCUUCGAUCUUCACCAAUUGGUUGACGGACUCGAAGAAGUUGAGCUGGGUGCAAAGGGGAUUGGAACCACCAGGAAAGGAAUUGGUCCAACGUACUCUACCAAGGCCGCCAGGAGCGGUAUUCGGGUUCACGAGCUAUUCCACUGGGAGGAGUUUGAGAAGAAACUAAGGCUUAUUGCUUCUGGCUACAAGCGUCGCUUUGGUGACCUUCUCAAGUAUGAUGUCGAGGAGGAAUUGGCCCGGUACAAGGUGGGCCAUCUGUUGGCAGGAUAAGGGGAAUUGGCCACUGCUCACCAUGUUUCCGAUUAGGUUUACUACGAGACUCUCCGUCCAUACGUGGUCGACGCCGUUGUGUUUAUCAAGCAUGCCUUCGACACCAAUAAGCGGAUUCUCGUAGAGGGAGCCAAUGCACUCAUGCUUGAUAUCGAUUACGGGACCUACCCGUUUGUGACCAGCUCCAACACUGGUAUUGGUGGCGUUAUCACUGGACUGGCCAUCUCGCCAUUCAAGAUCAAAAGUAUUAUCGGUGUCGUCAAGGCUUAUACUACCAGAGUGGGGGCCGGUCCGUUCCCAACGGAGCAGUUGAAUGUAAGAUCUCUAGAGAUCGCCGAAUCCAAGACCGGUUCAAUUAACGGGCGAUACCACUAUAUAGGAAAUUGGUGAUCACCUUCAGAGUGUCGGUCGUGAAAUCGGUGUUACAACCGGAAGAAGACGUAGAUGCGGGUGGCUCGAUCUUGUGAUCAUAAAAUAUUCCGCCUCCGUUAACCAUUACACUAGCCUGAACUUGACCAAACUUGACAUCUUGGAUGGCCUCAAGGAGAUAAAGGUCGCCGUCGGCUACCGUGUAGACGGAGAGGAGCUCGAAUCGUUCCCGGGUGAGUGCCCCGACACCCCUGGUUCCCCCCGGCUGGGACGACUGACUGCCCUGCAGCCGACCUUACCAUCCUCGAGCGUGUGGAGCCGAUUUAUAGGAUCUUCCCGGGUUGGUCUACACCUACUGCCAAGACCACCUCUUGGGAUCAGCUCCCCGUCGAAGCUCGGGAGUAUGUUCAAUUCAUCGAGGAGUUCGUCGGGGUCGGGGUCGAGCAUAUCGGCGUCGGGCCCGGUCGCGAGCACAUGUGCACCAAAUAGGUAUUCCAUCGUUGCUUUGCUCUCUCAUUCUCUGUUAGAUCUGGUUUUCUUUGUUUUGCGAGGGCUAUAUCCGGAGUUUACGGAUCCGUUGAAGGAGAGAGAAAAGGGGUUAGAUGGCUUGCUGUACAUUACGGGAAACAAAAAAGCGCAUGGAAGAGUUGCGAUCCCUAUCUUAG